UUAAGAUUGACUUUAUUUUCUAACCACUAACUAUUUUCCCGCUCAACGUAAGAAAAUUGAAUUCACCAAACUGCCUGCUACUAUUUUACCAGAGAUUUUCAAAAAGGAAAUUCAAAAUGUGGGAAUCUUCAAUGUUUGGCGAUAAAAGUGCCAGUGGGGGCUUCUUUAACAAUACAAAUGAUGCUGAUGCUACUCCUGGAAAAGGACAGAAAACACGAAGACUACAAAAUGUUGUCCCCGUUGUCAUCAGACAAAUCAAGGACUGCCCUGAAGAAGAAUUUUCAUUGUUUGGCAUGCAAACUCAAAUAUUGAGCAUUGUUGGUAUAGUGCUAGACUAUGAAGUUCAGUCUACCAAAGCCAUGUAUAACAUUCAAGACCAUACUGGUAAUAUUAAGGCAAUUUGGUGGUUAGAAACAGAUAAAGAUAAUGCUCCAAAGUUACCCAGUAUCAAAGAAAAUUGUUACGUACAAAUUUUUGGAUCCCUUAGGUUCCAAGAUAAUGAAAAAAUGAUGAUGGUGUUAAGGAUGUUCCCAGUAUCAGAUGCUAACGUUGUCACCAGCCAUCUUCUACAAGUAAUUCAUGCUAGGUUAGAGGCUGAAUAUAUGGCUAGUAAUCCUACGGGCCCUACUUCAGCCAUCAAGAAAAAUAAUCCAGGUGGAGAUCUUGCAAACUCGAUGCACUUUUUGGAAACUACCGCACAAGACUCUUCUUUAACACCUAUUCAGGCUCAAAUUCAUGAGAUUCUGAAGAGAGCUCCAUCAAUGUCUGGUACUUCAAAAACUGAACUCCUUAGUCAGUUUCCACAGCAAAGAUCUGUUGAAGUUUUGGAAGCUUUGGAGUUUUUGAUCGAUGAAGGUCACGCCUAUUCAACAAUUGAUACAGAACAUUUUAAGGCUACAGAUCCUAUGUAAAUUUACCCAUUGGUGUAAGAAUAAUAUAUUUUUUACAAUUUUGUUAAGUGUUAAGUUAUUAAAAUUAUAAGUUUCAAUAAUGA